AUGUUUCACAAUGCAAUCUAAUAUUUCACCAUGGAUAUGGUUAACCAAAGAAAGAAGAACAUGGGACGCAAGAAGAUUGAGAUCAAGAAGGUUGAGAAAGAAUCACAGAAACAAGUGACUUUCUCAAAAAGAAGACAAGGUUUAUUCAGAAAAGCAAGCGAACUUUGUGUCUUAUGUGAUGUUCAUGCAGCCAUCAUUGUGUUUUCUCCUGGUGACAAACUAUUUUGUUUUGGCCAACCCGACACAUACUCUGUCCUCAACAGCUACAUCAAAGGAACCACUGAGUUUGAGGAUUCAAAGGUAGCAGAAAAUUUUCUGACCUACCAAGAUUACAAUAGACAAUAUGUGGAGGCACAAAAGAUGUUGGAGAUGGAAAAGAAGAAACUAGAAGAUGUUCAAAAUUUGGCUAAGAUUUUCAACAAGGGUGGUGAUUGGUGGAAUGAUUCAAUUGAUGAUAUGAGGUGGAAUGAUUCAAUUGAUGAUAUGAGUAGUGAUCAACUUGAACAAUUUAUGAUAUCCAUUUAUGAGUUAAGGAGGAAGCUUGUUGAAAGGGCUGAUGAACUUGUCAUGAAGCAAAGUGCCAUGCCGUAGAAUAGAAUUAUUAGCUAUCGACGAAGAAAUUUUUCUUUCAGUAAUUUCGUAUUCACUUUUUAGUUAGGGUUCUUUCAUUCUGCACUUUUUUUACUGCAGUUGAGAUUUUGUUAUUUUUUUUUCAGUAAUUUCGUUUUCAUUCUUUGUUAGGGUUCUUUUGUUUUAAUCUGCACUUUUUAUACUGCAGUUGAGAUUUUGUUUAAUGGUAAUUUAAUUUGGAUCUUUUUCUCA